AAGAAGUCAUUUCGUCUGCAACAUGACAGCUGCACUAAACAAAGAUCUUGUCCUCGGUAAAAUUGUAAAAGAAGAUGCAAUGGACGGUAUUUUAACUGCGGGGAAUGUCGUUGUUCAACGAUUAACAAGUACGGCGGACGAACAUGAUCGAGACUCACAGAUUGGCAAAAGUGAAGUUGUACAAAAAGACGAAUUAAUGGACAGGGAAGUCGUUGAGACGUUGAAACUGGCUGAAACGAAUGUAAACGAAGUACAUCAGAUUCAAAAAGGUAAAGAAGAGCGUCCAAACACGACAGGUUUCGUUACAGCGAUUGACAGUGACUUAUAUGACUACCUGAAACAAAAUCAUGCUGCCCAGCUAUCCUAUAUGCCUUGAGAGAACCACAGCCGAGCAUCGAAAUGAGAGGAGAUUCGGUACAUUUCUCAUUUUCCAGCGAGGAAACAAAAGAACACUUUCUAACUUGUCUCAAAAAAUACAAAUACGAAAUCGUACCGAUUAAGCCUGCUCUGCUCGAGCAAGGGUUAAAGAAAUUAUUACAGAAAAUAUUCUUGGAGUUCAACAAUGCUAAAUCAGUUUCCUUCAUCGAGAGAUAUGAUGAAGGUUUCUUAAAGCUUGUCGGAAGAGCAAUGUCUGUGUUUAUUACGGCCCACGAAGAGGUGAAAAAGUGUGUUGCCAAAA